GGCCUGUAGGUGUCCUCCUAAGAUGCCGGUUCAGAGGCCCGGGGCUUUCCUCCCGCCAAGAUGGCGUCGAUGCGGGAGAGCGACACCGGCCUGUGGCUCCACAACAAGCUCGGGGCGACCGACGAGCUGUGGGCGCCGCCCAGCAUCGCAUCCCUGCUCACGGCCGCGGUCAUCGACAACAUCCGCCUCUGCUUCCACGGCCUCUCGUCGGCCGUGAAGCUCAAGCUGCUGCUGGGGACGCUGCACCUCCCGCGCCGCACGGUGGACGAGAUGAAGGGUGCCCUGGCAGAGAUCACCCAGCUGGCCGCCCUGGACUCGGACCCCUGGGUCCUCAUGGUGGCGGACAUUCUGAAGUCAUUUCCCGACACUGGCUCCCUGAACCUCGACCUGGAGGAGCAGAACCCCAACGUCCAGGGUAUUUUGGGAGAGCUUCGAGAAAAGGUGGGCGAGUGUGAGGCAUCAGCCAUGCUGCCCCUGGAGUGCCAGUACCUGAACAAAAACGCCCUGACCACCCUGGCCGGGCCCCUAACGCCCCCCGUGAAGCACUUCCAGCUGAAAAGGAAGCCCAAGAGUGCCACGCUGCGCGCAGAGCUCCUGCAGAAGUCCACCGAGACUGCCCAGCAGCUGAAGCGGAGUGCAGGGGUGCCCUUCCACGCCAAGGGGCGGGGCCUGCUCCGCAAGAUGGACACCACAACCCCGCUCAAAGGCAUCCCGAAGCAGGCCGCAUUCCGCAGCCCCGCCACCCCAAGCGUCUUCAGCCCUGCUGGGAACCGGACCCCCAUCCCACCAUCCAGGACUCCACUGCGCAAGGAAAGGGGCGUGAAGCUACUAGACAUUUCUGAGCUGGACGCGGUUGGUGCCGGCCGGGAGACCAAAAAGAGAAGAAAGACUUUGGACACAGAAGUGGUGGAAAAGCAAUCCAAGGAAGAAGCCCUCGUGGAGAACGCCACCCCGGAGUACGCGGCCGGCCUGCUGUCCACACAGAAACUCGGGUCCCUGAACGAGCCAGCACUACCAUCCACCAGCUACCUGCCCGCCACACCCAGCGUGGUCCCAACCUCCUCCUACGCCCCCAGCUCCGAGGCCCCGCCAGCAGCGUCUUCCCGAGAAGCCAGCUUACAGGCCAACCGGCCCCCCGAGGAGUCCAGCACCCCAAGCCCCAUACUCCCAGCCCAGUUCAAGCAGAGGGCAUCCAUGUACAGCAGCAGCCUAAGCCCGGCCACAGCCAUGCCCACCCCGACGCCUGCCACCCCCACUGUGCCCCUGACGUCCACCACAGCCCCAGCUGGUACCCCUGCAGCCCAGACGCCUCCAGUGGCCAUGGUAGCCCCGCAGACCCAGCCCAAGAAGAAACUGCUCCUCAUGACGGAGCACAUGUUCGCGGCUCAGGAGAUGUUCAAGACGGCCAACAAAGUGACCCGGCCCGAGAAGGCCCUGAUCCUGGGCUUCAUGGCAGGGUACCGAGAGAACCCGUGCCAGGAGCAGGGGGACGUGAUCCAGAUCAAGCUGAGCGAGCACACCGAGGACCUGCCCAAGGCAGACGGCCAGGGCAGCACCACCAUGCUGGUGGACACUGUGUUCGAGAUGAACUACGCCACGGGCCAGUGGACACGCUUCAAGAAGUACAAGCCCGUGACCAACGCCUCCUAGCCAGCCUCGACGCGUCUCCAAGGAGCUGCGGCUUCCCUCACUUGGCUGAGCACGGACUGAUAAGACACCUGGCCACCCAACGUGUUCGUCUCUUAGGGCCCUUCCUCUGGGAGUGUUCUGGGCUGAUUUACACGUUUUUAAAUGUGGGUUCCUUUGUGUGGCAUUCAAGACAACUUUGAAUUCACGAUUAUGUUUUUGCAUAUGAACCACAGGCUGGGAGACCUCCAUUUAGGAGCAGUGGUUUGCUUGCCUUGUACUUUUCUUAUUUGGGCAAGAAUUCCACUGACCGGGACCGAUGACUUGCCAGCUUGAUGCGCGCCCGCCCCCCCCGCAGGUUGAAGGGACCAAAGGUGGGAUCUGGGGGCCAGAGUGGGGCCCCACUAUGAGUUUUGUAUUUUUUGUAAAGUUGUGACCAUUUCAGACAGGGUCUUCAGACUAUUUUCCUUGUAAAACAACUAGAAUAAAGUUGAGCUCUUUCUGAGAA